CAUGCUCUCUGAGUCCCGUAGUGUGUGUGUGUAGCCCCAGGAAUGCAGCCAUGCCACCAUCAUGGCAGAGCAAUGAAGCUAUUCCUUUGUGAUGACUGAGAAACAGAGAGCAGCAGAAAAGAGGAGAGGAAGGAGGAGGAGGGAGCCUGGAGAGACGCACACCCAGAGGAUCCCAUAGGAGGAGAGAGAAAGAAGAGCGCGCUAGAGGGAAGGAUUUAUAGCCCCUACAUGCAGCCCGGGUCACACAAUUCCCUCGGGAGCCAGAGAGGUGUUGGGCAGCUCAAGAUGAGGCUAGCUGUGGUCCUCCUGCUUGUUACCAGUCAGCUGAAUGUCCCGGGAGAGUCUCAGAAGACGGAAGUCUCUUGCGAGGAUAAGGACGUCUUCCGAGCUGUGGAUGCGGCACUGACGGAAUACAACAGCCAAAAGGCAUCUGGCAACCAGUUUGUCCUGCACCAAAUCAUCACGGUCUCCCUGACGGAAUCCAGUACCUUUACAAUAACUUAUAAUAUCCAAGAGGGCGACUGCCAUGUCAAGAUGGGCAAAAAUUGGAAAGAAUGUGGCAUCAAAGAGGCCUUAAAUAAGGACCAUGGACAAUGCACAGCCAUUGUGAAGAGUCAGAAUGAAAAUGAAUUCACCAUCACUAAACAGCAUUGCGAAAUCAUUCCAGUGAAUGAUGAAGUUAUUCCAGUUGAUGCCCCAUGCCUUGGAUGUUAUAAACCCAUAUCAGCCAAUGAUGAAGAUUUGCAAGAAGUCCUGAACAACGCUGUUCAACAAUUUAAUUACGAAUCUCAAAGUGACCAUCUCUAUACCCUUAAAGAUGUCUCGAAGGCCUUGAGACAGGUGGAACCUGAAGAGAAACAUUCCAUCGAAAUUCAAGUCAAAGAAACGGAAUGCUCUAAAGAGAAAGGAAAGUUUUCUGAGGACUGUGAAUUUAAGAAAGAUGGAAGAGUUUUAAAAUGCACAGUGCAAGUGCCCAUGGAACAGGAUGGCGAAGUUAAACCUGUAGUUGACUGCCACGAACUACCAUCACCGGCGAUGGUACUUGUGAAAAGGCCUCCGGGUUUUUCCCCUUUUCGAGCUGCAGCAGUGAUCCCAGCAGAAGAAACAAUAGCUACAAGUGAACCCCAGAAUUUUAAUACAACAGAACAAGAGGAAGAACAAACACCUGGGAAAGGAACAGGUUAUCCUCAUGGCUAUGGUCAUGGACAGAAAAAAGGACACCAUCCUGUCCAUGGGAAUAAAAAUCACCCUGGCUUUGGUCUUGGGCAUAAACAUGGACCUAAUCAUAGUCAUGGACGCCAUAGAGGACAUGACCUUGGCCAUGGGCACAAAAAUAAACAUGGUCAAGGCCAUCAGAAACAUGGAAAAAAAAACAAGAAGAGCCAUGAGGGUUGGACGGAUGAGGAUCUACACAGCCCUAGUGAAGAUAAUUUUCCUCCUUCCCUGCGGCAAGAGGAGAAUCAAAGCCCACCACAACCCCAGAGCCCAUCACAGCAAGGAGUAGCUGUUACUCCUUCUUAUUUUCAAGAUUUAGAUCUUCUUGUUCCUAACCCAACCAAUAUUCCAGCUGAGCCUACAGCUGAGAAGAAGACAGGGGGAGAAGAGGUAGAAGAGGAAGACUGGAUCCCUGAUAUCCCUAUUGAGCCAAAGAACCCCUUAUUUACUUUGGUGCCUGAUUUUCCAGAACCAGUUGUCCCCAAAUGCCCUGGAAGCCCAUGGCAACCAAUUGCUGUGAUGAACCCAGUCACAGAAGAAAGCCAAGAUGGGGACUUUGAUCUCUCUGAUGCUCUUUCAUUUUCGAAGAAAUGAUUCUUUUCCUGGCCCUUUACCUACUGUCCACAUGAUGAAACACAA